UGCUACUACCUUGAUUGGAGUCUCCCGUUCAGAGAGCACCUCGGGGGCUUGGCUCUGCGUCCAGCUUGGCAACAUUAAUUCUCCCUUCACCCAGAGCUCCGGGAAAUCAGGGCCACCUCCGCCCGCUCUGCUGCCCCAUAGUUUGUCUCCAACAAUCGCCCUUCAGGACUUUGAUCUACUUUUCAACACCUGCUGUGUAGCUGAAGGGCACUCCGGAGAUCAAGUGAGGAGAAGACCCAGGGGCCUCUGAUUUCCCACGGGGGGGAAAGCACGGAAGAUGGUGGAAUUUCCAGGGUACAGUCUAUCCGGCGUGAUUGCCUCCUACCUCUUCAUCCUGCUGACCAUGAAACCACAAGAUGACCUCAGGGUGCUUGGCCCUGCCGGUCCCAUCCUGGCCAAGGUGGGAGAGGAUGCUCUACUGACCUGCCAGCUCCUCCCCAAGAGGAGCGCAGCGCACAUGGAGGUGCAGUGGUUCCGCUCAGAGCCCCGCCCAGCUGAGACUGCACACCAGGACGGGACCGAAAUGGUCGAGGUGCAGAUGGAGAAGUGCAGAGGCCGACUGGAGAUGAUCGAGGACAGCGUUGCCGAGGGAAGCGUGACUCUCAAGAUACACAGCGUCCAGCCGUCCGACAGUGGGCAAUACUGGUGCCGUUUCCAGGACGGGGACUAUCUUGGCGAAGCAAGCUUGCUGCUCCAAGUAGCAGGUCUGGGGUCUGCCCCUAACCUUCAUGUCACCAGGAAUGACGAAGGCAGAGUCCAGCUUGUGUGCACUGCCGAAGGCUGGUUCCCGGAGCCCCACGUCUACUGGGAGGACAGAUGGGGAGAGAAGUUGCUGACAGUCUCAGAGCAUCACAUUCCAGAUGACAGUGGCCUGUUCUAUGUGGAAGACACACUUGUGGUUGGAGACGUCUCUGCAGCGACCGAGACCGUGUCCUGCUUCAUCCACAACCCUGUCCUCAAGGACGGGAAGCGGGCAGUCCUCAGCCUCCCAGAGAAACUGCAGACUGAGAUGGCUUCCCUAAAACUGAUUGGACCUUCCCAGCCCAUCCUUGUCCGAGUGGGAGAAGACACACAAUUAACCUGUUAUUUGUCCCCCAAGACUAAUGCCCAGAGCAUGGAGGUGAGGUGGGUCCGAUCCCUCAGGUACCCUGCAGUGCAUGUGUAUGUGGAUGGGGACCAUGUGGCUGGAGAGCAGAUGUCGGAAUACAGAGGCAGGACUUCGUUGGUGAGUGACGCCAUCCAUGAGGGGAGGUCGACUCUGCAGAUCCAUGACACCAGAGCUUCAGAUGAUGGGCAGUACUGGUGCCUGUUUGAAAAAGACGGGGUCUACCAAGAGGCCAGCUUGGAUCUGAAGGUGGUAGCCGUGGGUUCUGCCCCACUCAUCACCGUGGAGGAGCAGAAAGAUGGAGCAAAACAGCUGACGUGCACUUCUUACGGUUGGUUCCCACACCCCCGCGUGCAGUGGAGGGACACAGAAGGAACAAUGCCGUCGAGUCCUGCGGCCCUGCGUCAGGGCGGCCGGGGGCUGUUCCACGUGGAGUCACUCCUGUUGGUCACAAACAGCUCUGUGGUGAACGUGACUUGUUCCAUCAUCAACCUCCCCCUGGGUGAGGAGAAAACAACAGCUGUUGUUCUCUCAGAGUUCAAGAUGAGUUUUUCAUGGAAGAUGCUGCUUCUAGCCGUAAUCAUUGGCCUGAUCUGGAUGAAGAGCUAUAAAAAAGUGAAUGUGACCCAAGAUUCUAACACAGCUCCCCUGAAACCGACUCUUGCUGGGGAACAUAGGAACAUGACCUGUGAACAUUCAUACAACCAGAUGUCCCACAGAAUGCUGACAACCACCUCUACACCCUGGGCUAGGAGGGGCUCACGUCAGCCACGUGGUAUUGAGAGUCUGAGGACAGGAAUGAGAGAGUAUGGGCCCUAGGCAUCAAGGACAAUACCUUGAGAAGAAAGUCAUUUGUAUGACUUCACUGGAAAAUGGGUUUGGGGCAAUGAGUUGCUAUGGAAAUGAGUAGUGAGCCAUCACUUCUCCACCAGACCUCUUCCUAAGGUGGUCCCUGGUCUGCCAGUCUCCCUUAUUUACACCUCUAGAGACUUCUUUGUAACAUGACCAAAACUUUCUUGUUUGUUCCUCUUCAUUUACUGCUCACGUGGAUGUCUCCUGUACCCAAGAGGGCCUAUUCAUCAUCACCAUGGAAACAAUAACCUUAAAUUCUGGAAACCAGAAAAAUAAUGGGAGUCCCAGACCUUUUCUCCUUCCAACAGUUCAACAGGCUCCAAGUCAUGGAUGUUUUAACUUCACCCCAGCUUCAUAUCUGACCUGGAGACUAAUCUCUUCAGAGACUGAUCCUGUUCCAGGUUCUGUUCCAUCCUUUGUAUUGAUCUCAGUUUGAUGUCUGAUGAUCAAACCCUUAGAAAAAUCCAAUGGGAAAAGCAAUUUGCCCUAGAGGAGCAAGUAAAAAGAAGACCAAGAAUUUGAUCAUUUUCUUUAAGAUGGUAACAAUUACAUUGUCCAUGUAAGUGCAGCUGAGAGAGCAAAAAAUACAGUUUAAACAAGAAUAAGAGUUAAUACAGCUGCAUAUAAAGACAGAAAUCUGUUCAAUAAGAUAUAAUCUUAACAUUCGUAAGGUGCAUUUUGAAAUUUCUGCUCCAGAGUUUUUCAGAAAGUUAACAGAAGUCAUGGAAUGAAGGAAAUUCUUAAAUAUUAUAGUCCAAGAAAAAAAUUAACUGCAAAUCAUGCCUAUGAAAACAUCUUCAUUUUAUAGCAAAAUAAAGAAUACAGUUAAUAACUAUACAAUAAAUAAAUGUAAAUAAGAACUGCAACACAUUCUAAAAUAUGUUAAAGUCUUAAUGAGUUGAAGAGAAACUGUAUGUGGAGGUAGAAAAAAUUUAAAAAAUGAGGCAAGCUUUUGGAAAGUCUUAAAAUCUUAUGAAGUGGGAUGUGUGACUCUGCCACUCUCUAGCAGAGUUAAGAGUUGUCACUGUCCUUUGAGGAUUGUAUAUACACAGCAUCCUGGAGAAUAUUUUUGAGUCAUAGUAUUUUUUUCUCUAUUUCUAAACUCAUAAAUUUAUAUUUGAAAUGAUGUUAUU